CGGGGCGAUGAGGACAUCCUCCUCUAUGGAGCUGUGCCAGGACAGGGGAUUAUGGUGGCACUAGACUGAGGCUUCCCUGCUGGAGGAGGAGCCGGACACCGGCCAUCUCUCUGCACCGAUCAUGGCGGACAGGACGGCUCCGGGGUGUCAGCUCCGCCUGGACUGGGUCUACGGAUACCGGGGACACCAAUGCCGCAACAACCUCUACUACACCGCCGGCAAGGAGCUCGUCUACUUCGUGGCCGGGGUCGGGGUGGUCUACAACACCCGGGAACAUGGGCAGAAAUUCUUCCUGGGGCACAACGAUGACAUUAUCAGCCUUGCAUUACAUCCAGACAGAACUCUUGUCGCAACAGGCCAGGUUGGGAAGGAUCCGUACAUCUGCAUCUGGGAUUCCUACACAGUACAGACCAUCUCCAUCCUGAAAGAUGUGCACACGCAUGGAGUGGCCGGCUUGGCAUUCGAUUCGGAUGGACAGCGCCUCGCCUCUGUUGGACUGGAUGCCAAAAACACCGUCUGCAUUUGGGAUUGGCAGAAAGGCAAAAUUCUGGCUACAGCAACUGGCCAUUCAGACAGGAUAUUUGAUAUUUCCUGGGAUCCAUAUCAGCCUAACAGAUUGGUCAGCUGUGGGGUAAAACACAUAAAGUUCUGGACGUUAUGUGGAAAUGCACUAACAGCCAAAAGGGGGAUAUUUGGGAAAACUGGGGACUUGCAGACCAUCCUGUGCUUAGCAUGUGCAAGAGAAGACGUCACUUACUCAGGUGCUUUAAAUGGAGACAUCUAUGUGUGGAAGGGCCUCACCUUAAUCCGCACCAUUCAAGGAGCUCACAGUGCUGGUAUAUUUAGUAUGUACGCCUGUGAAGAAGGGUUUUCUACUGGAGGAAGAGAUGGAUGUAUCCGUCUGUGGGAUAAUGACUUCAAGCCAAUUACAAAAAUUGAUCUCCGAGACAGUGAUCAGGGUUAUAAAGGCUUGUCCAUCAGGAGUGUGUGCUGGAAAGGGGAUAGAAUUCUUGCCGGGACUCAGGAUAGUGAAAUCUUUGAAGUGAUGGUGAGAGAGCGGGACAAGCCCAUGCUGAUCAUGCAGGGUCACUGUGAGGGGGAGCUCUGGGCCCUUGCUGUACACCCCAAGAAACCCUUAGCCGUUACUGGUAGUGAUGAUCGCUCUGUAAGAUUGUGGAGUCUUGCGGACCAUGCGCUGAUCGCCCGCUGUAACAUGGAGGAAGCGGUACGAAGUGUGGCCUUCAUUCCAGAUGGAUCUCAGCUAGCGCUGGGGAUGAAAGACGGUUCAUUCACUGUUCUCAGGGUCAGAGACAUGACGGAAGUGGUUCACAUCAAGGAUAGGAAAGAAGUCAUUCAUGAGAUGAAGUUUUCUCCUGACGGUUCCUAUCUCGCCGUGGGUUCCAACGAUGGUCUUGUGGACGUGUAUGCUGUGGCGCAGCGAUACAAGAAAAUCGGAGAGUGUAACAAGUCUUCCAGUUUCAUAACUCAUCUCGAUUGGUCCGUGGACAGCAAAUAUCUACAAACCAACGACGGAGCCGGAGAAAGAUUGUUCUACAAAAUGCCAUCUGGUAAGCAUCUGACCAGCAAGGACGAGAUCAAAGGGAUUCACUGGUUCUCAUGGACUUGUGUCGUUGGACCAGAAGUCAGUGGAAUAUGGCCAAAGUACACAGACCUUACCGACAUCAACUCCGUGGAUGCCAACUUCAACAGCUCAGCUCUGGUGACCGGGGACGAUUUUGGACUGGUGAAAUUAUUCAGAUUUCCAAGUUUAAAAAAAGGAGCUAAAUUCCGCAAAUAUGUCGGCCAUUCUGCGCACGUCACCAAUGUUCGCUGGUCACAUGACUUCCAGUGGGUUCUCAGCACGGGCGGUGCUGACCAUUCUGUUUUCCAAUGGAGAUUUAUUCCUGAAGGGAUAGCCAAUGGCAUCAUCGAAACUGCACCGCAAGAGGGAAUUAUUGAUUCCUGCAGUGAAGAAUCGGAUUCGGAUCUAUCUGAUGUGCCCGAACUAGACUCAGAUAUUGAACAGGAGACUCAAAUCAGUUAUGAUCGCCAGGUUUACAAAGAAGAUCUACCUCAGCUCAAGCAGCAAAAUAAAGAGAAACAAAAUUCGUUGCCUUCCCUUAAGCGUGAAAAAGCCCCAGAAGAAAGCUUGAAAUUAAAGUUUGUACAUGGUUACAGAGGCUAUGACUGUAGGAACAACUUGUUCUACACCCAGACGGGAGAGGUGGUCUAUCAUGUAGCAGCCGUGGCUGUGGUUUAUGACAGGCUGCAGCACUCCCAGAGACUCUACCUGGGACACAAUGAUGACAUUCUCAGUCUGGCCAUUCACCCCACAAAAGAUUAUGUAGCAACUGGUCAGAUUGGAAGAGAUGCAGCAAUACACGUGUGGGAUACUCAGACACUGAAAUGCCUGUCACUGCUCAAAGGCCAACACCAGAGAGGGGUCUGCGCCCUGGACUUCUCAGCCGAUGGCAAAUGUCUGGUGUCGAUUGGCCUGGAUGAUAAUCAUACCAUUGUAUACUGGGACUGGAAGAAGGGAGAGAAAAUUGCUACAACCCGAGGGCACAAGGAUAAAAUUUUUGUUGUGAAAUGCAAUCCACAUCACACUGAUAAGCUGGUUACCGUUGGCAUAAAGCACAUCAAGUUCUGGCAACAAACAGGUGGUGGCUUUACUGCAAAACGAGGAACGUUUGGAAAUGUCGCUAAACUAGAAACAAUGAUGUGUGUUGCUUAUGGACGGGCAGAAGAACUGGUGUUUUCCGGUGCAGCCACUGGAGAUAUCUAUAUCUGGAAAGACAUUGUGCUGCUUAAAACCAUCAAAGCCCACGACGGACCAGUAUUUGCCAUGUACGCAUUGGAUAAGGGCUUUGUCACCGGUGGGAAGGACGGAGUUGUGGCGCUCUGGGAUGACAUGUUUGAAAGGUGCCUAAAGACAUACGCCAUUAAAAGAUCUGCUGUUUCCUCCAAUUCUAAAGGCUUACUCUUAGAAGACAAUCCUUCAAUACGUGCCAUCACAUUGGGACAUGGACACAUACUGGUUGGGACCAAGAAUGGAGAAGUUUUAGAACUUGAUAAAAGUGGCCCAAUAAUACUGCUUGUUCAGGGACACAUGGAAGGAGAGGUCUGGGGUCUCGCAACCCACCCACAGCUGCCUAUAAGUGCCACAGUGAGUGAUGAUAAAACUCUCCGGAUCUGGGAACUCUCCUCCCAACACCGCAUGCUGGCUGUGCGGAAGCUGAAAAAGGGUGGACGAUGCUGUGCCUUUUCUCCAGAUGGGAAAGCCUUAGCUGUAGGCUUGAAUGACGGCAGCUUUAUGGUGGUCAAUGCUGACACUCUUGAAGACAUGGUGUCCUUUCAUCACCGGAAGGAAAUGAUCGCUGAUAUUAAGUUUUCUCCAGAUGCUGGAAAGUAUCUGGCUGUGGCAUCACAUGAUAAUUUUGUGGAUAUCUAUAAUGUACUUUCAAGCAAGAGAGUUGGAAUCUGCAAAGGUGCCUCCAGCUAUAUCACGCACAUUGACUGGGAUUCCAGAGGUAAAUUGCUGCAAGUUAAUACUGGUGCCAAAGAACAGUUAUUUUUUGAAGCUCCAAGAGGAAAAAGAUACGUCCUUAAAUCUGCAGAGAUUGAACGAAUUGAGUGGCACACAUGGACUUGUGUCCUCGGUCCUACGUGUGAAGGGAUCUGGCCGGCGCACAGUGAUGUGACAGAUGUAAAUUCAGCAUCUCUUACCAAAGACAGGAAAUCUUUAGCAACUGGGGAUGAUUUUGGAUUUGUGAAAUUGUUUUCCUACCCAGUAAAGGGUCGUGAUGCAAGGUUCAAAAAGUAUGUUGGCCAUAGCGCACACGUGACCAAUGUCAGAUGGUUAUAUGAUGAUUCCACCCUGCUGACUGUGGGGGGAGCAGAUACAGCACUGAUGAUCUGGACGCGAGAGGCUUUUGGAAAUCUAGAGAGCAAACCUGCGGAUAGUGAAGAGUCGGACACUGAUGCUGAAGAGGAUGGAGGUUAUGACAGUGAUGUGGCGAGAGAGAAAGCUAUUGAUUAUACCACUAAAAUUUUUGCUGUUAGUAUCCGAGAAAUGGAAGGAAUAAAGCCCCACCAUCAGAUAAAAGAAGCCUCAGUGGAGGAAAGGUUCAGAUACCAAUGUAACCUGCCAAAAUCAGGUGAUAAUUUUGGUGUUUGCGAGUAUUUUGACCCCUGCUCAUCUCUAAUCUCUAUGAUCAUGCAAUUUCUGAGAAGGCAGGGCAUUGUCAAGGGAUCAAGACCGUCGGUUAGCAGAGCAGCUCCUCAGCCAGAAAAACUACAGAAGAACAACAUUAAUAAGAAAAAGAAAGUGGUCGAGGAUCUCUCUCUGGAGCAUGUGUUUGGCUACAGAGGCUUUGAUUGUCGUAAUAACCUGCAUUACCUCGGUGAAGGUACUGAUAUUAUCUAUCACACAGCUGCUGCUGGCAUUGUACAGAACAUUUCUGCAGGAACUCAAACCUUCUAUCUGGAACACACUGAUGAUAUUCUCUGUCUGACUGUCAAUCAGCAUCCAAAGUACAAGAAUGUUGUUGCCACAGGACAAAUUGGUGAAAUUGCUGAGCACUCAGGGGCUACACCGUCUAUACAUAUCUGGGAUGCCAUGAACAAGCAGACUCUGUCCAUUCUGAGGUGUUUCCAUGCCAAGGGGGUAGGAUUCAUUAAUUUCAGUGCCACUGGAAAGCUGCUCUUGUCAGUGGGAGUCGAUCCAGAACACACCAUAACUGUAUGGAGAUGGCAUGAAGGUGCAAAAGUCGCCAGUAAAGGAGGCCACAUGGAGAGAAUAUUUGUGGCCGAAUUUCGUCCAGACUCGGACACACAAUUUGUAUCUGUCGGAGUAAAACACAUCAAGUUCUGGACGCUGGCGGGGAGCACAUUACUUUAUAAGAAGGGGAUUGUUGGAUCUGUGGACGAUGCCAAAAUGCAAACCAUGCUUUCUGUUGCCUUUGGUGCUAAUAGCCUAACUUUCACCGGUGCCAUCAAUGGAGAUGUAUACGUUUGGAAAGACCACUUUCUUAUACGACUGGUGGCCAAAGCCCACAGUGGACCAGUCUUCACAAUGUACACAACUCUACGCGAUGGACUGAUUGUAACUGGUGGGAAAGAGAGGCCUACAAAGGAAGGUGGUGCUGUUAAGCUAUGGGAUCAGGAGAUGAAACGCUGUCGGGCAUUUCAGCUGGAGACAGGACAGUCACUGGACUGUGUGCGAUCAGUAUGCAGAGGGAAGGGAAAGGUGUUGGUGGGAACCAAAGAUGGAGAAAUCAUUGAAGUGGGAGAAAAGAAUGCUGCUUCCAACAUCCUCAUUAAUGGCCAUGUGGAGGGAGAGAUUUGGGGUUUGGCAACACAUCCCUCCAAAGAUAUCUUCCUGACUGCCAGCAAUGACGGCACAGCAAGAAUAUGGGACCUCUCUGAUAAAAAGCUACUGAACAAAGUAAGUUUGGGCUACGCUGCCUGCUGUGCUGCUUACAGUCCCAAUGGAGAAAUGGUCACCAUCGGCAUGAGGAAUGGAGAGUUUGUUAUCCUGCUUGUAAAUUCCCUAAAGAUGUGGGGCAAGAAGAGAGACCGCAAGGGUGCCAUACAAGAUAUCAGAUUCAGUCCUGAUAACAAAUAUCUGGCAGUUGGCUCUGCAGAAAACACGGUUGAUUUCUAUGAUAUCACACUGGGCACAUCAUUAAAUAGAAUUGGUUACUGCAAAGACAUUGCCAGCUUUGUCAUACAGAUGGACUUUUCUGCUGACAGUAAAUAUAUUCAGGUAGCAACUGGUGCUUACAAACGUCAAGUCCAUGAAGUGCCAUCAGGAAAGCAGAUAACAGAGACAGCACAUAUAGAAAGGAUUACGUGGGCCACGUGGACAAGUAUCCUGGGGGAUGAAGUGAUUGGAAUCUGGCCGCGGAACGCAGAUAAAGCCGAUGUGAACUGUGCCAGUGUGUCCCACGCUGGUCUCAACGUCGCCACAGGAGAUGACUUCGGCCUUGUUAAACUUUUUGACUUUCCUUGCACUGAAAAGUUUGCCAAACAUAAGCGGUAUUUUGGUCACUCGGCACAUGUGACUAAUGUACGCUUCUCGCAUGAUGACAAAUAUCUCAUAAGCACUGGAGGGGACGACUGCAGUGUAUUUGUCUGGCGAUGUUUAUAAUGUGAACCAUGGAGGUGGAAAACGCGUUGGCUGCUCCCCUUUGUCAUCUGCUGCACACGUCCUUGUAAAAUGCUGCAUGAAUUCUGGUGUUCUAUUACUGUAAGAUAACGAUAUAAAGACUGUGUGUUUUAGGGGAGUUUGAAGUACAAAGCCGUUCUUUUUUUACAGAGAAUCCACAGAAAAGCCGUUCAUUGGAUCGUAUGUGUCACCGGCCAAACAUGUUCUCUUUAGCCUUUUGUUAUAUAUUUUAGAUUUUAUAGAGAUAUUCUAAAAAGUUUACAAUUUUGGCCAUUGAUAUUUCAAAUGUGGAUUUAUUUUCCGGGAAAGAACCGACGCUGCAUCCUUAGUGAAAAUUGCACUUUUUGUAUAAUGAGAACUGUCAUGCUAUUUUUGCAUUUUCUAUUUUACAUAAGCCAUGUUCGAAGCACUUGUACUUUU